AUGGCAACCUAUUCUUGGAGCUAUGCUCCAACAAAUCGCGCAACUUGCAAGGGGAAGUGCAAGGAGAAGAUCGCCAAAGGAGCGGUCAGGCUUGGCGUCAGCAGCGACGACGGACAUCACACGAUGGUGAGCUAUCGCUGCCUGGAUUGCGUCACUGACUUGCAGAUCAAGAACAUCGUCACAAAGGUGGGUGCUGUGGACAAAGUCGAAGGCUUUGAUGGUCUUGAAGGCGAGGACCGGGCAGCCGUGCUGGAAAAGGCUGGGGUAAAAGCCAAAGCUGCUUCCUCGAGCUCCAAGCCAGCGCGAAAGGCUGCCAGCAAGCCCAAGCCAAAGGCGAAACCAGAAGCAAAAGCUGCAAGGGCUCCGAAAGGAAAAGCCGCUCCAAAAGAAAAAGCCGCUCCAAAGGGAAGAGCGGCUCCGAAGGAUAAAGCAGUUCCAAAGGCCGCUGCCUUGCCACCUAUUGCGAAGCAGCAUGAGUUCUUGGAUAAGGCUAAAGAGUACGAUCUUGAGGCAGUGAAGGAAAUGGUUGCCGAAUCUCCGACGCUGAUCAACGUGCAGCCAGCUGGGAGAUGGUCGGCACUUCACCAAUUUGCAGAGAAAGGUGACGUCGACGCUGUGAGGUGGUUGCUCGAGAAUGGUGCCGACCGAACCCUGAAGACAAAGGAUGGACAGACGCCAGAAGAAGUGGCCCACGAAGAUGUUCAGGAUGUUUUCAAUGGCGAGGAUGAUGAGGAGGAAGAUGCAGAAGACGAAGGUGAAGAGGAGGAGGAGGAAGCUGAGGAAGAGGAACCUCCGGUGGAAGAAGAGAAGAAGGGAACGAAAAGAAAAGCACCUGAGAAGCCUCCAGGUUCUCCGGUAAAAACCACCAAACCGUCAGAAGCUGCAACGCCGUCUCCCGCCAAGAAGGCGAAAACAUCACGACCGGUGGACGCAUCUGUGCCCAAUCGGGACACCUACACGGUGGCCGGCGACUGGUCUGUGCUUCUGAACCAGACGAAUGUCGGUGCCAACAACAACAAGUUCUACAGGAUACAAGUCCUCAAAGACACAAAAUCCAAGUUCUUCUGUUGGACUCGCUGGGGACGUGUUGGCGCUGCCGGACAGCAUAAUCUCGCCCCUUGCCCCAGCGAGGACUCUGCUCAAGCGAUAUUCAAGUCGAAGUUCAAAGACAAGUCUGGCGUGCACUAUGAUCUCAAAGAUUCGCACGACUGGAAGCCUGUCAUUGGCAAGUACACGCUAGUGGACACGGAGGAGCAGGAUGGUGAUGGCGGUGGUGAAUCGGCGCCGCUCGGGAAGCUCACAGAGCAACAGAUUGAGAAGGGGCAGGAAGUCCUUCAGCGAAUUGAAACAGCCCUAGCGAAGAAGAACGACAAGCAGCUCACGGAUCUCUCCUCUGAGUACUACACCUUGAUUCCUCACGACUUUGGCUUCAAGGUGCCGCCCGCAAUCAAAACACGUGAAAUGCUUGAGGCUGAAGAGGAGCUGCUGAAGUUUUAUCUUCGCAUGGGCUUCGAGGAGGUGGAAAAGGAGGAUGAUGGCCUUCUGCCAAUCAGUGGUGUUAUGUCCUUGGCCCUACCCAAGAGUCUGGAAUCAGCUUGUUCUGGGAUCUGCAGCAGCGGCAGCAUCAAGAGCUCCAUGACGCGCGGCAAGAAGCACGAAGAGAAGCAAAGCGGUGGCCCAUCAAAGGCAAUGGAAUCCCACCUUUACGGCGCCAUCAUGCUCUACACCUCGAAUGCCAUCUACAAGCAGCUGAACGCGGCGCUGCGGAGUGAGGAUCGUAACAAGAUCAAGAAGUACAAGCCGUAUCUCAGGUUGCUCUUUGAAGCACUGAAUCGCCUCCCGCAGCAGAAGAGGACCCUCUGGCGUGGCAUUGGUGUGGAUCUCUAUGAUCAGUAUAAAACCGGGUCCACCAUCACGUGGUGGGGCGUCAGCAGCUGCACAUCAGACGAGCAGGUCGCCAAAAACUUCAUGAAGGGCUGUGGCGGUUCUUGCACACUGCUAACGGUCAAGACCAAGACAGCUGCCGACAUUUCGGAGAUAACGUUCUACGGAAAUGAGAAGGAGAGCCUCCUUGCCCCUGGCACGCAGCUCAAGGUGGUGAACUCAGCGCGGAAGGGCAAAGUCUCCGAGAUAACGCUGGAAGAAGUUGGCAGAGCAGUGGAUUGA